UGGCCAUCCCUUGUUCUUGUUGCACACUUUUAUGUACUUUGCAUGUUCUUUGUAGCAGAAAGAAGAUAAGCAACACUGAAUGAUUGGUAGUGGGGAAAUUGCUUUCUUUGUCUUCCAUGUUAAUUAACACAUCUGGGUCCACACCCAACACCACCUUCUUCUUCUUCUUCUUCUUCUUCUUCUUCUGCUCAAGAAAACUUAGAUAAAUACAAGUCUCAACUUGUUCAUUUCAAAUAUUACUCAACUGGGUCCAACAAGGCUAUAUUCCUUGUCAUUAUUAUAUAUAGCUAAGUUCCUAAAAAGGGUUUUUUUUUUUUUAUAAUUUUUAUGGAUUCCAACUCUUCAAGCUUUCUUCUCAACCCUUCAUCACUUCAAUCAGUUUACUAUCAUCAAGCCAAGGAGGGUCAUGAUGGUGUAAUAGAUCUUGGUCUCAGCCUCAGAACUUUACAACCUGAGGCAUAUAAUCAUCCCUCUUCUGCACAUUUGGUGAGCUUGGAGGGAUAUGAUGAUGAUCUUCUAGAGUGGCCUCAAUCAAACUUGAACUUGAAAUGUUCAGACAUUAAUACACAACCAAGAAAUAAUUUCCAACCAGAUUGUGAGGAAGAUGGGGAAGGAAUCCAAAGCAAAGAGAGUUGGGUUUAUGUGAAGGUUAACAUGGAUGGAGUCAUUGUUGGAAGAAAAGUUUGUGUACUUGAUCAUGGUAGUUACUCAAGCCUGGCACUGCAACUAGAGGACAUGUUUGGUAGACAAACAGUGUCUGGAUUGGGAUUGUUCCAAGAUGGGUCUGAGUUCUCACUAUUCUACAAGGAUAGAUAUGAGAAUUGGAGAGGUGUUGGUGAUGUCCCAUGGAAGGAAUUUGUUGACAGUGUGAAACGGCUGAGGAUUGCAAGAAAGUGUUGUGGAACUGAGCUUCUUACCUGAUAGUUUAAAUUGGCCUACUUUUUUUGUUCUUGUCUUAUAAUUAUUAGAGCAUCUCUGACUUUAAUAUCGAAUUUAAUUAAAUGUGACAGCUUUUUUUAGAAAACGACAUCUGAAUUCAAUGUGGGCAGAUAUUGCUUUAUAAGGUUAAA